AUGGCGGAGACACUGAGGCGGGUGCUAAGCCGGGGUAGCGCGGCCUGUCCCGGAGAGGAGAACGCGGCUGAUGCCGGACCGCCUUUGCUACUGCUUGGCGCUCCAGGUUCUGGAAAAACAGCGCUGCUGUUCGCAGCGGCCCUGGAGGCGGCGGGGGAGGGCCGAGGCCCAGUCGUCUUUCUGACCCGUAGGCCUCUUCAAAGACUUCCCUGUGGUACCGGAGCUGCGCUGGAUCCAAUGCGGCUCCAGAAGAUACGCUUCCAGUACCCACCCUCAACUCGAGAACUUUUUCGGUUCCUGUGCUCCGCCCAUGAGUCCUCAGGGCCAGCCCCCUCCCUUCUGCUUCUAGACGGCCUGGAGGAGUACCUCGCAGAAGACCCCGGGCCUGACGAAUCCGCCUACCUGGCUGCCCUGCUUCUGGACACAGCUGCCCACUUCAGUGACCGGAUUGGGUCUGACCGGGUCUGUGGCCUCGCGGUGGCUUUCCAAACUCAGGAGGAGGAGCCCGAUAGUGGGGAUUCCCUGCAUCUGGCGCUUCUGCAGCGGUAUUUUCCUGCCAGGUGCUGGUUACAGCCAGAUGCAUCAGGUCCAGGAGAGCACCGCAUCCGGGCCUGCCUGGAGCCAAGCAGGCUGGGCCCCAGAACAGAGUGGUGGGUGACUUUUCCACCACGUGGAGAGAUGACAGUCACCCCCUGGCACAUGCGGGCUGGUGAUCCCAGCUCAGACGAAGGUUCACUCUGGAGGGUACCUCUGAGCUUUGGUGUGUGACAACUUUUACAUGCCCUAGUUUCCCAUGGCUGGAAUAUUUACCUCAGAGACGUGUACAAAUUCAAACACCUAAAGAAUGUAAAGUACUUUUUCUCUUUAAAACAGUGUUACCGGGUGACGCCUGUGGCUCAAGGAGUAGGGCGCCAGUCCCAUAUGCCAGAGGUGGCGGGUUCAAACCCAGCCCUGGCCAAAAACCACACACAAAAAAAAAAAAAAACCAAAACCCACAGUGUUACCAUGUAUAUAUAAUGCCCAGUGAACUUUAUAAAAAGUUUUGUUAUUUUAAACUUUAUAAAAAAGAGUUUAAUGAUAAAUGUAAUCUUCUGAGAUUUCUCUUUCUGCUCAACGUUGUUACAAAGAUUCAGCCACAUUUUUUCCAUUCAUUCCUUUUCCCUUAUUGCAUAGUAUUCCACGAAUGAUUAUACCCCAAUUUAUUCAUCAGAUUAAACUGUUUACUGCUGUGAACAUUCUUGCACACAUGUCCUGGUACAUGUGUGUUUUCAAGGCACAUACCUAGAAGUGGAACUGGUAAAGAAUAAG